AUGAAUGAGCGCGGCUUUUUAGGAUUACGACGGGAACCUUUCAAACUCGUUGUCACCUUUCAUAGCAAGUGGUAUAUACAACCAUCUCCGGCGGUACCUCCGCGAUCAGAGGGUUGGAUCUCCUCGUUCGAAGGCGUCAGAUUGCAACGCCUGGGCUACUCUGAGGUUGUGAUCUCCGUCUUCGAAGAUUGUGUCUGCCCGCCGCUUACUGCUGAAGCUGUCAGUCAGUCAGUCAGUCAGUCAGUCCGCCUGCCUGCCUGCCUGCCUGAUCGCUGUCCGCCGCCGCCGCCGCCGCCGCCGCCGCUACCGCUGCUGCCUGCUGUCCGUCCGUCCGUCUGUUCGCCGCCGGUGCUCGCCGCCGCAGCAGCCGCCGCCGCCGCCUGCUGUCCGUCCCUCCGUCUGUUCGCCGCCGUCCGUCUGUUCGCCGCCUGCUGUCCGUCUGUUCGCCGUCGCCGCUGUCCUUACCCUGGUCUACGGUGCUCGCCGCCGCAGCAGCCGCCGCCGCCGCCUGCUGUCCGUCCCUCCGUCUGUUCGCCGCCGUCCGUCUGUUCGCCGCCUGCUGUCCGUCUGUUCGCCGUCGCCGCUGUCCUUACCCUGGUCUACGGUGCUCGCCGCAGCAGCCGCCGCCGCCGCCUGCUGUCCGUCCCUCCGUCUGUUCGCCGCCGUCCGUCUGUCCGCCGCCUGCUGUCCGUCUGUUCGCCGUCGCCGCUGUCCUUACCCUGGUCUACGGUGCUCGCCGCAGCAGCCGCCGCCGCCGCCUGCUGUCCGUCCCUCCGUCUGUUCGCCGCCGUCCGUCUGUUCGCCGCCUGCUGUCCGUCUGUUCGCCGUCGCCGCUGUCCUUACCCUGGUCUACGGUGCUCGCCGCCGCAGCAGCCGCCGCCGCCGCCUGCUGUCCGUCCCUCCGUCUGUUCGCCGCCGUCCGUCUGUUCGCCGCCUGCUGUCCGUCUGUUCGCCGUCGCCGCUGUCCUUACCCUGGUCUACGGUGCUCGCCGCCGCAGCAGCCGCCGCCGCCGCCUGCUGUCCGUCCCUCCGUCUGUUCGCCGCCGUCCGUCUGUUCGCCGCCUGCUGUCCCCUUCCAAAGAAGACUAA